AUGUCACAGAGAAACAUAAUUACCACAUGUCACUUUAACGGUGUUGUUUCGACAAACACUCCUGUUGGAUUCUCGUUCAGCAAUACGGAUACAUACGCCUUCAAAAUUCAUGUCAAUUCAGAUUUUUUUCAUUUUAAGGAUAGAAUGGAAAAAAAAUUGGCACAAGGCGUUGAGGAAAUCAUUUAUCGCCAUCCCACCCUUAAUGAAGACGACUGUACGAUUUUUUACAUUAUGACGCCAAUCAAAAACGACGACGAUGUGAAGGCCAUGUUUCGGUGCCACAUGAUGUUUGGUCAGUUACCUACAAUUGAGGUGUAUGUCAGACUACAACACAAUCCCGAAACAUUGCAAACUCAGGAGACCCAGUCACACUGGUACGGGAUGAGCCAAACAUCUGACGACGAACCAACGCAAAACAAUUUACCUUUCAUACCAGAUGAGGAGGUUGGAGAAUCAAGUGAUGACGAUAUUUAUGAGGAGAUCAGGAUGCAAGAUAUUUUUGGUGACAGCGGUGAUGAAGACAAUGAAGACGAAGAUAUAGUUGUUCCGUCUACGCAACCGAUCCGCGCACAACCCGUAAGUUUGUAUAACCCGCCGACACACAUGCAAAAUAUUGAUAUUGAAGAUGACGACACAACCUCCGUGUUUGGAAGUGCUAUUCAAAACCAUAUAGGUGAUGAAAUAGAGAUCGGUAUGGAGUUUGAAAACAAGGAAGCUUGCGUUCUCGCUCUGCAGCAUUGGCACAUAACACACUGUGUGGAUUAUUGGGUGUAUCAGUCUGACAAUGAACGAUAUGUCAUUCAGUGUAAGAAACAAGACUGCAGGUUCAAGUGCAGAGCUUCAUUUAGACGAAGGAACUCAAAAUGGGUGAUCGGUAAGCUGUCUGGGUCUCACACAUGCACUACGACAUCGAUGGCACAAGACCAUAGGAAGCUCAGUUCAGAAAUGGUUUGCCAUAGCAUCAGAGAACUUGUCAACAGCGACGCCUCACUUAAGGUAAAAGUGAUCGUUGCCCAUAUUCUAGAAAAAUACGGGUACAUCAUAUCUUACCGGAAGGCGUGGAUCGCUAAGUGCAAGGUGGUAGAGUCGCUUUAUGGCAAUUGGGAAACAUCGUACAACGACCUACCGCAGUGGAUACUGGUAAUGAAAACCUUUCUUCCAGGAACCAUUAUAGAUUUGCAAACCCUACCUGUAACAUCAAGUGAUGGUUCCCAAAACUCCGGAAAACGAAUAUUCCAUCGUCUGUUUUGGGCAUUUUGUCCGUGUAUACGUGGUUUCGCCUACUGUAAGCCUAUUAUGCAAGUAGACGGGACAUGGUUGUACGGAAAGUACAGAGGAACUCUAUUGACGGCGGUGGCACAGGAUGGCAACGCAAAUAUUUUCCCAGUGGCAUUCGCAUUGGUCGAAGGAGAAACAAAGGAAGCCUGGAGUUUUUUUUCUGAGGAUCCUACGAUUACACGUGACACCACAACCGAAUUUAUGUCUAAUAUCUGA